AAGGACGUGUUAUAGCACUAUUCAGUCAUCAGGAAAAAAUGAAGAUUUCCAGAUUAACGUGGAAGUCGUUUAUCUACAUUGAGCCUGUUCUAUUGCUUUAUUCAUGUGGUUUCUUUAUGAGUCUACCGGUACAGAAGCAGUUUAUUUACUCUAGAUACAGUGAGGAAGUUGGUUUCCCUUACAGUCUCGACAGCAAGGGAAAAGGAUCUUGUAGUAACGUUAAUGAUGCCGCGCAGAACGAAACGUUGAAACUCCUUGAAACAAAGGUCCAAGAGCUUGCUUCAGGGUUUGACAGACUUGUUAUUCCAUGCACGUUUCUUCCUGCUACUGUAAUGGGUCUUUUCAUCGGACCAUGGACUGACUCUGUUGGUCGCAAACCAGCCUUACUUAUAUCUACCUUUGGAGCGGUCUUGGAGUCGCUGAUAGUUAUUGGAGUGAUGUACUUCAGAUGGUCUCUUCACUUGCUUAUUGUAGGCAAGCUGCUGAAUGCGUUGAGUGGGUUUUUUACUUUAUUGGGACAAGCAUCAUUUAACUAUGUCAUUGACAUGACAGACAAGUCUCUCUUAUCUACACGUCUAGCCGCCUUACAACUGGUUAUUUUCAUUGGCGGUUUUCUUGGACAGACAUUCAGUGGUGUUCUAAUGAGCUCUUUUGGGUUUAUUCUCCCAUAUGUUGGAAUGUCAUUCUGCUUCAUCUCUUCAUUUACAUACUGCCUUCUUGUUGUACCUGAAUCUCGACAAACAUCAAGUAAGCAAGACACGUCUCUUUUUAACGUGCAUAGUCUCAAGCGGGUCAUCAACGUGUUUACAUCUCCGCGUCCCAGUCAUCAAAAGAGAAAUCUUAUCAUUCUAAUAGCGAUUGACUCGUUAUUCUUCAGUCUGACAAAGGGUGGUGUCAUGAAUAUUGUCGUUCUUUAUCUGAUUAAAAGUCCUCUUUGCUUUUCCUCAACUGGUCUUGGUGCRUUCUUUGGAUUCAAGUUUGCUUCUGAAGGGUUGGUCGGUAUUGCUGGCGUCAUUGUAUUGAGAAAAGUUCUUUGCGAAGAAAAUGUAUUCCGGGCAGGCUUCGURUCGACUGGUUUGGCAUUUUUUUGGCUUGCAUAUGUGCAAACUCAGAAUAUGGUAUUUUUAGUUCCCAUUAUUAGUUCAAUCAGUGGAAUAGUGAUGCCAUUGGUCAAGGGUGCCAUAUCAACCCUUGUCAAACAAGAAGAACAAGGUGCCACCAACACAGCAGUUGGUGUGUUAGAAUCCCUUGCAUUAGUGGUUGGUUCAUGGAUAUUUAACACACUGUACAUCAUUGCAAGUGAAGCCAAGUGUACGUACAUGGUGUUUGUAGUUCUUGGUGCUGUCUCAUUGACACCAAUUUUCAUGAUUAGCGCCUUACAGAAACUAAAAGAGGAGUAAAGUACCAGCCACGUGAAGUCUGUCAUGAGUCAUAGCUAGACAUACAGAGCUUUACAAGACUGACAGGUUUAUUCUUAGUUAUUACAUCAUUAUGAAAACAGUUAUUGAUAUAGAAACUGAUACAAUGUGYUGAUAUCCUACUCACAUACUUUUAACGUGUUGACGCCUCUUUCUGCCGUUCAAGGGAAGAGUUACAUCCCUUGUACUACCGCCUAUAAAUUGGCCAAAAUAAAAAGUUCUUUAUUCUUA